AUGGAAGCGAGCUCACUCGACGUGCCCUCAGAAGAGAGAAAUGAGUACAUAUCACCUUUCAAAACCAUCUUCGCAGCGGUAUUCAACGAAGAGAUGGUGGAUCAACUGCUGACGGUGUUUUCCACAUUUGAAGGCGGCAAAUUUAAGGAGAGUGGGAAGCAUCUCAAGGAAAUUUUCCCGGAUUUGGUAGAUGUUGAACGGGUGGAAAAUAUGAGUCAUGAGCUCGGAAUGGAAGAAGUUUUAUGUCACGGCGAUUUAUGGUCCAUGAACGUUUUGUGGAGACAAAAAGGAGAUGCUCUCAACAUGGCCGCUGUUGUGGACUAUCAGACGGCCCACUUUGGCUGCGCAGCAACCGAUCUUGUGCGG